UUCGCGCAUGCUCACAGAUGUUGCCGUAGAUUCUGGUCGAGCGGCCAUACUGUAGUCGUGCUCUUCAAGGGUGACCGCAGGAACCGAGUAGUAGAGCAAACAUGUUUCGAUUUGUUAAAGCUGCUGUGAACGUCACCGGUCCGGCUGCACGCCAGGUGAGGCACAGCUCCACGGCCCCCCCAAACUUCCACGCCAAGUACGGCACCGGCCUUCUCGUUGGUGGAAUGGCCUUCUGCACAGCUGUGUGGUCAUAUGUUAUCACUCAGACUGGUAUCACCUGGAACCUGUCGCCAGUUGGAAAGGUCAUGCCCAAAGAAUGGAAGGAGGCUGAGGAGUGAUGACCUUCGAACUUUUGGGUGACUCCACAACAACAGACCAAGAUCCUUCCUCACUGAUGACCUCUGUCAAACAUUCUGGUUGUACAGAUAAAUAUCUUGUCAAUGUUUUCAGACAAUGGGUGUCUGAUGUUGUUCCAGGAAAUUAAUGUGUGUUAAUAAAUAAAAUAUUCUAAUGAAGAUUGCUUUU